GCGAGGCUCCAGUCAGUGAGUGGACCUGGAGCAGACAUGGGACCUGGACUGAGACCUGGACUGGGACUGGGCCAGCUGCUGGUGCCACUGGUUUUACUGGUUUUACUGGUGCACGCCCACUGUGACCUGAGGGCACGAGACCCCGAAGUGGAGCAGGAGGGAGGGGGGGGGGCGGCAGGAAGAGGAGGACCCAGAACCCCCCCCAGGACCACAGAACCCCCCCACCAAGGAGACCCAGGCAGAACCGGUAACUGGUGUCCCUUCGUGCACAGGCGUCUCCUCUCUACUCCAGUCACUCAUGGGACAGAGUGGUUCAACAUGGAACACACCAGUUUGUGUCCCAGUGGAACUCCAGGCUGUCGUCUGGUCAUGUCCAAACCAGCCACCAGAACCGUCUACAGACUGGUUCAGAAGAGCGUCACCUCUCUGCUGUGGCGCUGUUGUCAUGGAUACAGAGGAGUCAACUGUGAGGACACAGAUCCUGAUGCUCAGAUGGACUCUGACAGCUCCUCUAUGAGCGGAGGACCAGGACCAGGACCAGGAUCUGGACCAGGACCAGGAUCUGGACCAGGACCAGGACUUGGACCAGGACCAGGACCAGGAUCUGGACUAGUACCAGGAUCUGGACUAGUACCAGGACAAGGACGGGCUGAGCCCCCCCCUCCAGGUGUUCCUCUACAGUAUGCAGACCCGAACCAGGAGCAGAACGACCACCAGGGCCCAGACAGCAGACUGUCCGACUCCACCUUCCAGAACCACCAGAACCAUCAGAACCACCAGACCCACCAGGGCCCAGACAGCAGACUGUCCGACUCCACCUUCCAGAACCAUCAGAACCAUCAGAACCACCAGACCCACCAGGGCCCAGACAGCAGACUGUCCGACUCCACCUUCCAGAACCACCAGACCCACCAGGGCCACCAGGGCCCAGACAGCAGACUGUCCGACUCCACCUUCCAGAACCAUCAGAACCACCAGACCCACCAGGGCCCAGACAGCAGACUGUCCGACUCCACCUUCCAGAACCAUCAGAACCACCAGACCCACCAGGGCCCAGACAGCAGACUGUCCGACUCCACCUUCCAGAACCAUCAGAACCACCAGACCCACCAGGGCCCAGACAGCAGACUGUCCGACUCCACCCACCAGAACCAGCAGCCCAACACCACAAAGACCAGCACCCAGAACCAGAACCACAGACAGCACCACUACCCCCAUGACACACCCCAACGUGGGCCAGGCCCCUACAGCCACUCCCACACCCUCCACCAGCCUGGUGUGGACCAGGUCCAGGCUCCGUCCGUCCCCUACCUGGACCCCUACCUGGACCCGUCCCCAGUCCUCCCGGUCCCCCACAUGAUGGCCCUGGUUCUGUCCCAGCUCCAGCCGGUCCUGCAGGCCUUUAACCGCUCCCUGGAGCACCUGACCCUCCAGGUGGGGGAUCUGGUCCGGGACGUGGCCCAGCUGAAAACCAUCCAGUCGCAGGUGCAGCCCCGGAUUGUGGGUCUGAGGGAGACCGGGUCGGAGGUAGAGCAGGAGGCGGAGGAGAGCUGGGACGCCAAAGUCGACCAGGUGGAUCAGAACCUCAGGGAGGUCCAGAGGCAGCUGCAGCACCACCAGGCCCAGGUGGAGGAGCGGCUGCACUCCCAGCAUGCAAUGCUGCAUUACAACCUGACCACCUUCAAGACAGACGUGGACAUGAAGCUGAAACGGCACCAGAAGAUGCUGCAGGUUAGUCUGCAGGCCAUUAACUCCACCCUGACGGAGCUGAAGCUGGACCAGGACCAGAUUCCCAGUGGUCCACAGGAGUUUUCACAUCCGCCCCCCCCUCCUGUGAUGCAGAUGUCUGACACCUCGGCCCUGUGGGAAGCCUUAGAGAGGCUGGACAACACAGUGGUCAACAACACCGUGAAGGUGACGUCGCUGAUGGAGGACAUGGAGGUGACCUCAGGGAGUGUUCAAAAACUCCAGCGAGAUUUCAAGGAGCAGGAGAGGCGGAUCAACCAGACAGCCCGGACUGGUCAGAUCCAGUUCAUGGAGACGGGCCUGGAGGUGGAGGCGGCCAAGGUGGCGGUGCUAAGCCGAGUGGCGGAGCUGGCGGGGAACCUGAGCGUCCAGGGCCAGCGUCUGCAGGAGAACGUGGAGGACAUAGACUACCUGUACACUGCCCUCUACAGGCAGACCAACGCGUCCGCGGACUGCGACUGCGGCGGGCUGGGCGCCGCCGUGGCUCAGCUGGAGAAGAGCGUCGCUAACGUGACGGCGCUGGCCGUCGACAACAGGUUAGCUCUGGAAGAGGAUGGUGACGGAGAGGAGGGGCACUGGGGCGGAGCCAGCGACUGGGAGCCGGCGGUGGAGUCGGUGCAACGGGAACUCCAGGAGGUGAAAGAGUCGGUGGCCUCAGAACUUUCCAAGUCCAGGACUGUGGAGGACCAUCUGGCCCAGCUGGGCCGCUCCAUCCAGGUCCAGAUGGGCAUCGCCAACGGGCAGCAGGACCAGAUCAAACGCCUGGUGGCCUCCUUCAACUCGCUGCUCAAAGACGCCAUCCGCCACAGCGACGUCCUGGAGCUGCUGCUGGGGGAGGAGGUGCUGGAGUUCCUGGAGUGGCCCGUCCAGGACCAGGAGGCCCAUUCCAUCCCGGUUCUGAAGGAACAGCUGAGGCAGCAGCAGGAGCAGCUGAGCAGACACCAGCUGAGCAUCGCAUCCCUGCUGCGACCCGGUCCAGAUAUAGAGGAGGUCCCAUCAGCAGACCAGCCCUCCUCCACCUCCUCAUCCUUCCCCCUCCCCCCUGAUGACUGGACCCCUGGGGGCGUGAGUAGGAGCAGCAGCGGUGGAGCUCCAGCCAGGGAGCGUCAGGUGGUGUUCCCCCCUGAACACAGGCCUGGGGGGGGCUUCAGAGCCGACGGCAGCUACCUGUGGAACCUGGAGAAGAUGGUGGAAGAGCUACAGCUGAGGGUGGGGCAGGUGGAGCAGAGGACGCUCAACUCCUCCUCCUCCUCCUCCUCUGAGGGGGAGGCCAAGCUGUGGGCGGAGCUGACAUGGCUGAAGCGUGGUCUGGAGGAACAUCUGAGGGUGUUCAAGAACGUCUUCAGUAACGCAGAUGUGUUAGUGUCCUCUGAGGAGACGCUGGAGCUGGACAAACUGUAUGAGCUGCUGAGGAGUAAAGAGGGGAGGAGGCAGAAGAAAAGAGGAGGAGCAGCAGGAGGAGCAGCAGGAGGAGCAGCAGGAGGAGCAGCAGCAGGGGGGAAGCAUCGCAGCAGGAGGGAGGUGUCAGGUGCCGUUCCCGUCCCCUUCGACCAAUCACAGCAGACUCUGAUGUUUAUGGGUGGGUCCCCUCAUGUUGAUCCCAGCGGGGCCCUUGUGUUCAAAGGACCUCUGACCCCCCAGGAUCAGGUCCAGUCCGGCUCGUUCACCGUCCCAGUGGGCGGGGUCUAUCUGUUCGUCCUCACCUUGAACUUGAGGCUGGGCCACGCCCACGUUGUCCUGAGGCGGUCAGGGGAUGGAGCUCCAGUGUCCCUCCUUCUGCAGGAGGUAAUGGAGGCGGGGCCUGUCACCGGAAUGGGCGUGGCACUGCUCAGAACGGGGGAGGAGGUGGGGCUGGAGCUGAGGAGCGGCCAGGGGGCGGAGUCAAGGGACAAUGUGUUCAUAGGGCUACUGCUCCAGCGGGGGGGGAACAUCUGAGACAGGGGGGACACA